AUGGCGGAGUACAGUGCUAUUCUUACCACUGAUACGCCUGAUCUUCCUCCAGGAAGCCCAGAGCAGCACAUGCCAUUGGAAGAAUCACCCCCUCCGCUCCCUACUCGCUAUGAAUCAUUCCGCGAGGCCGAUUCUGUAUCGCUGCCCCAUGCCGAUACAGAGUCCGAACCAGCUGUAUUGAAAACCGCUAAUGACCAAAAUAUCUCGGUAGAAUCGCUACCACCUGGUCCAAUGCCUUGGAAGGAAUACCCAAAGCAUCGUUGGUGGCAUAAGAUAGGACUCUUAGGCCUUCAUAUCAGCCUCUUAGCUGCGGCUGUCGGUGCUCUCAUGCUCGAGACUACUGGUACCAGGUUUCGCGACAUCGCGGCAGUUUCAAUCCAGCGAGCAUCAGGUUCGAGCCCUUACACAAUUCUUCCAGCUUCAUUACGAGUUGCCAAACUCAGCGUAUUCGGUGUACUGCAUGUUUCGAUCAUCAUUCUAGGGAUAAUUAUCCUAGUUGCUUCUACUUUUACGUCUACGAUACUGCUCACAGACUUAAAGAAUGUCAAUAUCGCGGGACCUAUGCAGACAAAGCUUCUUCCAAUUGGACUCGGACCGAAUACUACCUUGUCGGCGAAUGGUGUCCUCCACUAUAGGUCUAGUCCGUCUGCGAACUGGCGGUUCGCUGAGAUGAAACCCGGCAGCGUUGUAUCAACUGCCGAGAUUGCCGAUAUCGGGAAUAUAUACCGUGCUCUUCUGCCCUACAUGAAGGAGGAGGCUAGAACAGCUCUGGAGCACUACUCUGGGCCAGGGCUGGUGGGUAACUUCAGAACAGUCUGUUUCAGCCCCAGCCUUGAAAGGAUUAGCUUCGGUCUUUCUGCAAGCAGAUCGGGCCUUCAGGCAGAGCUCGGCCUCAAAUCAACGCAAAAUGGUCCAGGCUUUCUCAAGAACUGGUCAAAGAACAAAUUCGAGUUCAACGCCCAGCUGCCGACGAAGUGGAAUGAAAGCGAUGAGGCUACCGUACCACUCUCGCUCGCUAACAACUACCGCGCUGGUCCCCGUGGGGAUCUGGGACUUAGAGACCCCCUCUCGGGCCGGAACUUCACUAUGAUACCCCUGUUGCUCCUCAAGUCCAGCCCAAUCCUGCUGCAUAGAUUUGGGCAUCUAGAUCUAGGUGGCGAGACGGAUGAGAGCGAAGCGAUGGAUAAGAUUGACCAACUGAAAGGAUUAAAGACAAAUAUGGACGGUCGUUGGACAACAGCUUCGUUGAAGAAUGGUACCGAAGUGUUCAGCGCGACAUUGUGUUUUGUCGCGGACAACGCACCGGAGCUUUACGAAAUUACAAUGACUGAGAUGACCGCCCCAUCUGAGCCGAUUGUCGAGUGGCAGAGGAACGGCACUUCAAAGAGUAGUGAGCAGCUCCUGAAACAGCUCGGCAUUGGGGAUUCCCCCAAGGACUUUAGAGACCGACACAUUAUGCAGCUCAAGGUCGGAGUGCAUAACUCGAAAUACUCAAAAUCAAUGAGGGAGCCAAGAAACCUUGCUCUUAUACAAGCGCUGUUGGGGUACUCGCCCCAAGGAGGCUGGGCGAUGACAAUCUACAAGGAUCUCUACGAGGAAGAUUGGAUCGCUUGGUGGGCGGCACACGCUGUGCAUGUCUCUCUCGUCCAAGACAUCCUACGAGCGACGGGCGAUCCCGCAUUAGCCAUACAAGCCCUUGCCUUUAGGUUCCACUGCAUGAUUUUCUACGACAGCAUGCCCGAGUUUGACCUGCACAAGCCAGUCACCACCAUAAAUUCAGUCGAGAUGCUCAUCCCAGUGCGGUGGACGGGGUUAGCCGUAGUUCUGAGCCUGGUCUUGGUUCACCUACUGCUACUUUGCAGCACAAUGGUGCUGUUUCAACUCAAGACGAGGGCUUCUGAUCUAGGCAACGCUUGGCAAGCCAUUGCCCAGGUUGUGUCGGCUGAAACGCGUGCGGUUGUGGAGGAGGCGAGCGUGGUGAGGGAUAAAGAGGUAGAGGCUUGGGCUAAGUCGUCGGGUGUUUCUAGAAGGUCGUAUACUGUAUCGAUAUCCGAUGUUAGGUGCAGAACGGAGAUUAUGGAUCAAAAGAUAUGA